GAGGUUGAUUUAACGUGAAUGCCUGUGUGGCUCUCUCCUCCCGCUCCACCUGGGGAUUGGCAACCCUAAAUCGUCUCCUCGCCCUGCUCUGCUUAGAAAGCUGCAGGCGGCGGGGAGAGGGAAGGAGAGAGAGAGCUGCUCCCCCCCCCCCCCCGCUCCCAGGCCCAAGCCCAAGCCCAAAACCGCCUUCCUUUCCAAGUCACCAGUUGCUUCUCUCUCUCCGCGCGCGGAGCUGCUGCGCAAUGGAAACUGCGUAGCUGCUUGCAUUUUGCAGGCUGCAAAACCCUCCAGUCUGAGCCGCCGGAGGAGGAGGCGGCGGCUUAAGGGAGAGGCCGGCGGGUCUGCAGCACCCCGGGGGCCCAUGUGGCGCUCUUCCCCUGGAGCAGGGCCGCCGCGGGGAGCGUCAGCAGCAGUACCAUGCCGUGGGGAGAGGAGGGGCAGAGCCUGGCGAUACAAGACGCCCUGGCCUGGCUGCGGAGGGAGCUGCUGGAGAUGCAGCGUCAAGAUGAGCAGCUGCUGGAGAAGCUGUUGAAGCUGCACACGGCCUUGCGGGAGCUGAAAGUGGAAUGUGCCGACUGGGAGGGCUCCGAGCCCAGCCGCGACGGGUUUGCCACCAGAGCCCGCUCCAGUUCGGAGGACUUGGGGGUGCCCUUCCUCCCCGGAAGCUCCUUGAAAUGUGGGGCGAGCAGAAGAAAUUCCCUCCCGUAACCCAUCUCGGGAGCCUGUGGGGAACGCAGCCAUCCGUUGAAAUAACUUGAGUUGCAUUGCAGCAACGUGGUAACAAUGAGGCAGUCUUCAAGGGUCUGCCAAACCACCGCUCGUUUUUCCUGCGGCUGACUAGCACAGCAAGCUGGUUGAAGUGGUUCAUGAUAUUUCUUUAUCUGGUUUAUUGCUUGAGCCAGUUUGGUGUAGUGGUUAA